AUGAUAUUUCGUUUAGGUCGUGCAUUAUCUAAAUAUCGACAUUUAUUGAAUAUAGCUGCUAGUUCAAAAAAUCAACAAGUGUCAAUUCAAAUUGUCAAUCCCGAUAUAGUUUCUCGUUUGAUUCAAAUAUUAAAUUCUGAACACGAUCAAAUCCAACACAAUGCUUUGUGGAUCUUACUGAAUAUGGCAGGUGGCUCAUCUCACCACACAAAAUAUUUGGUCAAUGCUGGUGUCAUUCAAAUUUUGAUUGAAUUGAUAAAUAGUCCGAAGGAAAACAUUCAAGAAAAUGCUAUCUGGACACUAUCAAAUAUCGCUGGAGACAAUUGUCAAUAUCGCGAUUAUGUUCUUAAUGGUGGUGCUCUUCCACCAUUAUUAAAUAUUUUAUCUAACAGUACCCGUGUACCAACGUUACAAACAGCGGCAUGGUGUUUAUUAAAUCUAUGUCGUGGUACAAGUCCAUCCGUUGAUGUUACUAAAGUUGAAUCAGUUGUGCCUAUGCUAAAUCAUUUACUUGCUAAUUCAGAUGAAUUUGUAUUAAAUGACAUUUGUUUUGCAUUAAGCUAUUUAUGUCAACUAUCAAAUGAAAUACUUUCAGCGAUUAUACAAGUUGGUGUGAUACCUCGACUANGAAUAGGUUUCAUAAAUAUUAAAUCGUACUGA